UCGCUAGGGUUUGCACAAGUCAUCCUGGCUGCCUACGCUUUUCUGGUGAAUCCUUACUUUGCCAGCAUGGAAAGCUAAGUGUUUCCCAAAGUACUUGGUUUUUAUCCCUUGCAGAAGAGGAAGUAAUGGACAAGACACCUAAGAAACAGCCCCUCAGGGAAACCAGCAGAGCAAGCAGACUUGAAAGAAAAACGCAAGAGAAAGACAAAGAAGAUGAGAGCAAAGAGGAAGACAGUUGUAGCCAACAAAACAGAACUUCUAGGAGAAAAAACUACCAAAGAGAAAACAGUGAUGGAAAAAAGGCAGGAAAGGAAGGAAGCUGGCAGAGGGAGAGAGGCAGAAAGGCUCCUACCAAAGAUCAAAAGGAGUCAGAAAACAAAGAAAGGAAAACAACCAAGAAAGGAAAGGACGGGGAGGACAAACAGAAGACAGACAGGAAAAACAGUACUUCUGCUUCUUCCAACUCAUCCGAUGAGGAGUCGCUGUCAGAGGAAGAACUUGCGAUGGUGAUGGAGCAAGUGGAGCAAAAGAAAAAACUGAUUUCCACCAUGAGAAACAAGCCCUGGAGGAUGGUGAAGAAGCUCUCAGUGCUCAGGGAGGCACAAGCUUUUGUAGAGAAGUUUGAAGGAGCUCUGGGAAAAGGGAAGGGCAAAAAGUUGUACGCAUAUAAGAUGAUGAUGGCAAAGAAAUGGGUGAAAUUUAAGAGAGACUUUGACAAUUUUAAAACCCAGUGCAUACCCUGGGAGAUGAAGAUAAAAGAAGUGGAAAGUCACUUUGGCUCCUCAGUCGCUUCCUACUUCAUAUUUCUGCGGUGGAUGUAUGGAGUAAAUCUUGUCCUUUUUGGGUUAAUAUUUGGACUGGUUAUAAUUCCAGAGGUCCUGAUGGGAAUGCCAUAUGGGAGCAUGCCAAGGAAAACUGUACCCCGGGCUGAACAAGCAAGAGCGAUGGAUUUUUCAGUUCUUUGGGAUUUUGAGGGCUACAUCAAAUACUCAGCACUCUUUUAUGGCUACUACAACAACCAGCGGACAAUUGGCUGGUUAAAAUACAGGCUACCAAUGGCAUAUUUCAUGGUUGGGAUCAGUGUAUUCGGCUACAGCCUGAUGGUUGUUAUAAGAUCGAUGGCACGCAAUGCCAAUGAAAGUACAGCAGACGGGGAUGAUGACAACUUUAUUUUCAGCUGGAAAAUGUUCACCAGCUGGGACUACCUCAUUGGCAACCCAGAGACAGCGGACAACAAGUUUGCAUCCAUCACCACCAGCUUCAAGGAGUCUAUUGUGGAUGAGCAAGAAAGCAACAAGGAUGAGAACAUCCACCUGAGGAGGUUCCUGCGGGUUUUGGCCAACGUCCUCAUCAUAUGCUGCUUGUGCGGAAGUGGCUACCUCAUUUAUUUUGUGGUGAAACGCUCUCAGACAUUUUCCAAAAUGCAGAAUGUUGGGUGGUAUGAAAGAAAUGAGGUUGAAAUUGUGAUGUCCUUGCUGGGCAUGUUUUGCCCUCCACUGUUUGAAACCAUCGCUGCACUAGAAAAUUACCAUCCCCGCAUCGGGCUGAAAUGGCAGCUGGGGCGGAUCUUCGCGCUCUUCCUUGGGAACCUCUACACAUUUUUGUUGGCCUUGAUGGAUGAUGUUAAUGAAAAACUGGCUGAAGAGGACGCGGUGAAGAACAUCACACACUGGACACUGCUUGGCUACCACAACUCAUCUGUGGGGAAUGGCAGCACUGCCACCCCACCUCCCCUUGAUCCCGCAGACGUGCCCAGGGGACCGUGCUGGGAGACAACCGUUGGCAUUGAGUUCGUAAGGCUCACUGUGUCUGAUAUCCUGGUGACCUACAUAACCAUCCUGGUAGGAGAUUUCUUCCGAGCUUGCUUCGUCAGAUUUGUGAAUUACUGUUGGUGCUGGGACCUAGAGGCUGGAUUUCCAUCCUAUGCUGAGUUUGACAUUAGCGGCAAUGUUUUGGGCCUGGUCUUCAACCAGGGAAUGAUUUGGAUGGGAUCCUUUUAUGCACCAGGGCUCAUGGGUAUAAACGUGCUGCGCUUAUUAACCUCCAUGUAUUUUCAGUGCUGGGCUGUCAUGAGUAGCAAUGUCCCUCAUGAAAGAGUCUUCAAAGCAUCCAAGUCUAACAAUUUUUACAUGGGACUUUUGCUGUUGAUCCUGUUCCUCAGUCUCCUGCCUGUGGCUUACACCAUCAUGUCCCUGCCUCCCUCCUUUGACUGUGGACCGUUCAGUGGAAAGAAAAGGAUGUAUGAAGUCAUUCAAGAGACCAUUGAGCUCGAUUUUCCACUUUUUGUUGCAAAGAUCUUCAGCUAUGUGGCAAAUCCAGGACUGAUCAUACCUGCAAUUCUGCUCAUGGUCCUCGCCAUCUAUUACCUAAAUGCUGUGGCUGAAGCGUACCAGCGCGCCAAUGCAGAGCUGAAGAAGAAAAUGCAAAUGCAACGUGAAGAGGAAAAAAACAAGAGAAACAACAAAGCCAGCACAAACCCUGCGCUGCAAGACCUGGAGGAUUUACUUACACCAAGUAUGAAGAGUGAAAGUCACUCCAAACAAGCAGAAGACAAGAAAACAGAGUCUUCUAAUAGAACAAGCCCUGUCAGGAAACAAAGCAAAGCAGCAGCCCUGGAUGGCAGCCCCAUGACUGGUGGGAGAGGAGCAGCGUUCAACCUGCCGCCACACGUGUUCUUGACACAGCCACCAACCCUGGGUGUCUGGUCACCUUACCCUGGCCAGCCCAGACCAAGGGGGCAUCCACCAGGACCAGUCCCUGGAAGGGGGAGAGGACAUCCACGCUACUCACAUGCUGCUCGAUAAGGUCAGCAACACUUCUCCCAUUUGACAUUAAAACGGAGGUGCUGCAUGAACUAUUGUAGUUUUAGCAGGAAAUACUCUUCAUUGGUCAUCCACUCAUGAUGGUCUCUAUCUAUCAAACACUAUCUAAACCAGCUUUGUUUAGAAGCUUAGUAGUAGUACGGAGUUAUAACCCACAAUGGCUGUGCUGUUUUUGAUUGUGAGGAAACAGGAGGCAAUCAGGAUGGGAAUCAGCUGUGGCAUUGCUAAACUGCUACAUACAGGAUGGAUGCAGCCCUGUGUCCACUAACAGCGGCACAGUGAGCCCGCUCUGUGGUGUGAGUGCUUGUCAGUCCCUUCAAAUGCUUCUUCAGUUAAUAAAAGGAGUGUGAGUUUACCUGUCAUAUCGACAAAGGGUUUUUUUUUGCUGUCGUCCGU